UUCUUAUUGGUCCCAAAUUCCCAAAGCCUUGGCUAAUUAUUGGAAGGUUGAUGUUGAUAAAGUAAAGCUCAUCCUCCUCUCUCCAGCAUGUCCCCUCCUCACUGCCCACUCUAACUGCAUGCUUUCUAAAUUCCCACAACCAGCCUCCAGACUUUGGCCCCUUUUGCCAGGGAGAUGAUGGACAGCCGGAUACUAGAGCACUCCCAUGCCCAGUUUGGAGGCUCUCUAAGUGGCAUGGUAGGUUUUCCGUACCAUCUGAGCCACCAUCAUGUCUAUGAAUUAGCCGGCCAUCAACUGCAAUCUGCAGCCGCUGUUCCCUUCUCCAUAGACGGAUUACUUAACGGUUCUUGCACCGCCUCAGUAGUCAACUCGAACCCUCUUCUGUCGUCUGGAUGCGGAGUGAACGGAGACAACCAGUACAAGCUGACAGAUUCCGGAGAUCCUGACAAAGAUAGUCCUGGGUGUAAAAGAAGAAGAACUCGUACCAAUUUCACAGGAUGGCAGCUGGAAGAAUUGGAAAAAGCGUUUAAUGAAAGUCACUAUCCCGACGUCUUCAUGAGAGAAGCACUGGCCCUCAGAUUAGACCUGGUCGAGUCCAGAGUGCAGGUAUGGUUCCAAAACCGCAGAGCUAAGUGGAGAAAAAAGGAAAACACUAAGAAAGGACCGGGGAGGCCGGCACACAACUCUCACCCGACUUCGUGCAGCGGAGAGCCCAUGGACCCCGAAGAAAUCGCCCGCAGAGAGCUCGAACGGAUUGAAAAAAAGAAAAGGAAACAAGAAAAAAAGCUUUUGAAAAGUCAAAACAAGUUGGCCAACGGAGAUUUCCUGCACACGCCGGGAUCGGACAGUGAUAGCGGGGUUUCCCAGAUUAUGGAGUCGCCUCGAAUCCCGUCCAAUGGAAAUCGAAGCCAAACAGGCCCGAAUUGUGACCCAACACGACAAAAACUCCAGAGCCAAAGAACCAUGGGCCAAGAUACUGGCGGAUCGGAGCAGGACUCCUCCGACAGCAGCCUCAGCUCGAACUUGUGCUCCAACAGCAGAGCUUCCAGCUUUCAAAAACUCAACCCCUUCAGCGUGGAAAGCCUACUUUCGGACUCCACACCUCGUCGCAAAACUAGCCUUGAUUUUUCAUCUCUGUCUGCAACACGGCCACUUGUAGGGAAAGGCCAUUUUUUACUGUACCCUAUCACCCAGCCUCUUGGGUUCAUUGUACCACAAACUGCUUUGAAAACGAGCUCAAGUGCAGAGACAGUCACAACUGGACAGAGAGGUUCACCUGCAGACAGCCCAGCGAGACAAACUAGUGUGGCAAGUCAAAAUGUGGGCGAAAACAGCAGCGGGACUGCAAACAAAGAACAGACAAGUCAAAACGCGAACUCCCCACAAAGAGCAUCAAGUCAGGCCCCUUACUCGAAAACGGGUCCCACUCAUUCCCAAGGCAGCUCAAGUGAAUGCCACACACCACAGACAGACUCCGAUCUCCAGCCAAAGUCCCCUGCCUCAGACAAAAAAGAAAACGCAGAUCGAGGUCAUUCGGACUCUACUGAGAAAAUUAUAACAAACUGUCACCCAGAAACAAAUACAGACUGUGAAGAUGUCGAUAUGGACUAGAGACGUAGACAAAAACAAAAGACUUCUCACAUUCCCAAAGCUUAACGCUCAUAACAAUGAUAAUUGAAAUCAUACCUUUUACAUUUCAGAAAAUGUAAACUUGAAUUUUAGUUUAUAUAUUGCUAUUCUGCUGAAUUCAGGGGAACCAUAAUCCAUACUAGUACUAAUGAACGUAUUAAUAAAACAAACAUUUGUGUAUCUUU